AUGUCGUCGAGCAUUGCAAACAACACCGCCAACGGACGAUCCGCCGAGCCUCUCUCGCAGGCUAUCCUCAAAAGCGGCACUAAAGACGAAUACGCCUACGUCAACGAUGUUCGCGUUGCUGGCUUUGAGCCCUUGAUCUCUCCCUCGCUCCUCCUUCACGAGAUUCCCGUCCCUAAGGAAUCACAAACCACCAUCGCUCGCGCACGUGGUCAGUCCAGCGCUAUCAUCAACGGCCAGGACGACCGUCUUCUUGUCGUCGUCGGUCCUUGCUCCAUCCACGAUGUGGACCAGGCUAAAGAAUACGCUAAGCUGCUCAAGGCUGGUAUUGACGAGCGCUGGUCUGAAGGCCUUGUCGUCAUCAUGCGCGCCUACUUCGAAAAGCCACGUACUACUGUUGGCUGGAAGGGUUUGAUCAACGACCCCGACAUCAAUGGCAGCUUCCAAAUCAACCGAGGUCUCAAAAUCGCACGUAACCUGCUCGUCGACUUGACCGCCCAAGGUGUCCCCGUGGCAUGCGAGGUUCUUGACACCAUCUCUCCCCAGUACACUUCCGACCUCUACUCUUGGGGAGCCAUUGGUGCUCGUACCACUGAAUCGCAAUUGCACCGAGAAUUAGUCUCCGGUCUCUCCAUGCCCAUCGGUUUCAAGAACGGCACUGACGGAGGUCUUGGUGUUGCCGUCGACGCCAUCCGUGCCUCUUCCCAACCUCACGCUUUCAUGGGUGUGACCGAACAAGGUCUCGCUGCCAUCGUCCGUACUGUCGGUAAUGCCGAUCUCCACAUUGUCCACCGCGGCGGCUCAAAUGGAACCAACUUCGAUUCCGAGUCGGUCAAAUCUUCCAAAGCUCGACUUCAAAAAGCUCUCCCAGACCGUCACCCUUCCAUCAUGAUCGAUUGUUCCCACGGUAAUUCGAACAAAGACUUCCGCAACCAGCCCAAGGUCGUUGAUGCUAUCGCAGAGCAGCUCGAGCAGGGAGAGGAUGCGAUCACGGGUGUAAUGAUCGAGAGUCACUUGAACGAGGGUAAACAGGGUGAGCCCAAGAACGGUCAGAUUGAUCAGUUGAAGUACGGUGUUAGCAUUACAGAUGGUUGCGUGGGUUGGGAGACUACGGUGGAGAUGUUGGAUAAGUUGAAUGCUUCUGUUCUGAAGAGGAGGAGUUUGAGGGCUCAGAACAAGGCCUAA